AUGGAUACGGUUCGGUUUUCUAUCAUUGAGAAUGAAAUGCGCUGGGAGGACGAAUAUCGAAUGUAUUACCAGGAAUCGGAUGGAAUCAGUGAUCCGAUGGACGAUGCUGACCGGUUGCGAUUGAGUAUAUCGAGCGAGAGUGACGUCGGCGGGGUAGAGAUUUCGUCGCCGAACCAGCCGCAUGAUUUCGGAACGGACGAUCGAGACGGACACAGGGAAAUAUGGAGUAACGGAGACAUCGAGAGCUGCCUAAAGGAGCUGCCCGAUGGUGAGCGUAUCGCUGAUUUCUUGGGUUGCUGUUUGGUACCGGUCGAUGGGGAUGUACUGCGAGAAUUCACACAGCAUGUGAAUACUUUUGCGCUGAUGGCCGUUUGGUACCGAAAACAUGAUCUGCUUCGCAAGGUUCUUACGGACGAGAGCGCCGACGUAAAUGCGACAGAUGCUGCCGGCCGAACAGCACUGCAUCUGGCUUGCUACGCCGGCGAUCACCAAGCAGCCGAAAUGUUGCUACAACACGGUGCGAAGUCACAGUCGUGGGAUAACGAACGGAUUGCUACACCGCUGCACUGUGCCGCCAGCUGUGGUAGUUUGGAAUGUGUGACUUUGCUGCUCGCACAAAACGCGGACAUCAAUGCUGGUAUAGAGAGGUAUUCGCCGCUCCACUACGCGGUAAUGCGCAACAGUAAACGGUGUGUGGAAUAUUUGCUUCUGCAUGGUGCCAACCCAAAUACGCCGCAAGUGUACACUCAAACGCCACUUCACGUGGCUGCGGCACUUGGCUACGCGGAAUGCAUGGGACUGUUGCUAAGUCACGGGGCUGAUGCGCGGUCUCAGUUUGGUCAGAAAAAGAUCACCGCCCUACACCUGGCAGCUUCCGAAAAUUAUCUGGAGUGCGUGAAGCUUCUGGUGGUCGCCGGGGCAAAUAUUAAUGCUCGGAACCGAGACCAGCAGACGCCGUUGCACUUGGCCUGCCUGUCUCAGUGCCACGAAACGGUAACAUACUUGAUCGCACAACACGCCGAUGUCCAUGCGAUAUACCGCGACGGUCGGACGGCGUUACAUGCCUCGAUCGUGAAAGAAUCACGCUUCUGGGACUGCACGCUCAGUCUUUUGAAGGCAAAGGUGGACGUGAAUCGGGCGGAUAACUUCGGCUAUACUCCGCUCCAUAUAGCGGCAUUGAACGAGUUCAGCACCUGCGUCUACAUGCUGAUCGAGUUCGGAGCCGACAUUACAGCCCGUACAAACGGGGGCGUUUCCGCCUUGUCAUUUAUCAUACGACGUACUCCUGAGAUUAUCCCGAAGUAUAUCGCAAAACUGGACGCAGCGAUCAGUGUCAAUAGUAUACACGAGAUUGGUGAUGUUGACUGCGAAAUACGACUCGAUUUUCGACCGCUGGUACCGAACAACGACCGAGGUGAAACGGAACUGCUGCUGGCAUUCAUCGAGGUCGGUCAGAGACGCAUUUUGAAGCACCCGCUAUGCGAAACAUUCCUACUCCUUAAGUGGCGUAGGAUCCGAAAGUUUUUCAUAUUCAGCUUGUUUUAUCACGGACUUUUUGUGCUGCUGUUCACGGCGUACGUUCUCGGAGUGUACGUGGAAGGCUGCCGAACCAGCGUCUGUGAAAUGCCGCCGUACGUUCCACCGAUCGGAUACAUCAUCACACUAUUCAACCUGGUGCUGUUGACAAAGGAAAUUUUUCAAAUGAUGCACGGGUUCGUCAGUUACGUUCGCUAUUGGGAAAAUUGGCUGCAGUGGAGUAUUGUAAUAGGAAUAUUUCUCUGCACGCACAACGCUCUCAGCGACAUCAACUCAGUAAUGACCUGGCAGCACCAUGUGGCGGCGGUAGUGAUUUUUCUAGCUUGGCUCGAGCUGAUGAUGUUGGUGGGGCGUUUUCCCAUCUUUGGAUUAUACGUGCAAAUGUUUACCACAGUCGCUGUAAAUUUUUCUAAAUUUCUCAUGGCGUACUGCUGUUUGCUAGUAGCAUUUGGGUUAAGCUUUUGUGUCCUGUUCCCGAAUCAUAUUGCGUUCAAAGAGAUCCCACGAUCGCUGCUGAAAACCAUCGUUAUGAUGGCCGGGGAGCUGGAGUUUGAAGAUAUAUUCUAUGGCGAAAACUUGAAAAUUGAAUAUCCGGCUACAGCGCACGGGAUGUUUCUGGCGUUUGUACUGUUGGUGACGGUGAUUCUGACCAAUCUGCUUGUUGGUCUGGCGGUCAGUGAUAUACAAGGUUUGCAGCAGUCGGCCGGAUUAGACCGCUUGUCCCGCCAAGCUGAGCUUAUUUCACGUCUAGAGGGGCUGAUGUUUUCCAAAUUGCUGAGAAAAGCGCCGAUACGGAUAUGGGUAAUAUUCCAGAAGAUAGCGCUACUGAAAACGUCACGAUGCCGUUUGCAUUUUCGUGUCAAGCCAAACGAUCCGCGGGAGAAACGGAUUCCAAAGGAAUUGAUAACAUCAAUCUACCAGUUGGUGGCCGAACGGCGCGAACGGAAUCAAUCAAUAAGGAGAAGACGAACGUAUCGAAACAUAGAAAGGUUUAACGAUUUGCAGAGCGAUGAUAAUGCAGUAACUUUGCGCCGGAAGCAUUUUAAAACACUUAAUAAGAACCGCACGUUUUCCGACAACCAUUACGGCGGUGUCCGGCCAGAUACUAUGCCCCCAGUGCCGCUGUAUUCGAGCUCAACUGGUUCGAUAAAAAUGCUCGAAGAAACGCAGAAGGUAAUAUUGAAAAGGUUAGAUGCCAUCAGAGAAGAUCUCGAUGUGGUGAAAAAUAAAAUAAAAAUGAUGUAA